AAGCCGGACUGAGAUAGAACUUGGAAUCUUUCAGUUUAGGAUAGUUUAAAUGAGAAAAAUAGCAGUUCCAGAAGCAGCAGUCAUGAUCUUGCUGCUUCUAUGAGUGGAUAUUGACUAUAUUCGAUAGGGUUAUGUAAGACUGUAUGGCGUUUACUUAUAUGAUAUUUGAAGCUCAACUUAUGUCCAAUUUGAGAAUUCCUUUGUGCAUCGAUAAUUCAGUGUAACUCAGCAAAAGGAGAGAAGAUAAGCUCAAUACCAAUAUUUAGUAAUGGUGUGGUUUGGAUGUUAACAUCCUAUCAGAAUUUCUUUAAAGCGAAAAAAGGUAACCAUUUUAAUGACAGGUGACCCAAUAAAUAAACAAACAAAUAAAGAAAGAAAAAAGAAAAAGCUUGUAUUUUUUAAGCUCAUAGAAGUUGCGUAAUCAAGUUGCUAAUAUCUGAUUAAAUUAAAAAUUAAAUGCCCAAGUAUUUUCAAAAUUUCUAGUGUCAGCUUUUUUCAAUUAAAAUUUACAUUUCAAUGAUAAUUUGUCCCCAGAUUUAAUUUUAGAGAGUUACACAGCCACUACUAAAAAUCUCAGCGUUGUUUUUUAACAUGGUAAAUAGCUUCAAUAUAUCUCAUAAAAAUGUUCAGAUUUUGUAUGAUAUUAAGCUUUUUAUCAAUCAGACUCUAAUCAUAUUUUAAAGCAUUUUUUAAGUUCAAUUCUUCAUUAUAUUAAACAAACUUAAUAAUAGGCCAGAAAUGACAACUUUAAUUUUUUUUAAGUAGUCAGGAAAUAAUUAUUUCGAUUGUAAAAUGUGGCAAUUAUUUUAUUCAAAUAUUAAAUUUAACCAUUUUGAAAAGUGUAAAAAAAACUGCUGUAUUUUUACUCUAAUGGUAAUUUAGGAUAUAUAAACACUGUGUAAUUUUAAUUUUUAUUCAUUUCCUAAACGGUUUCUACGUUAAAGCCAAAACAGAUAUUUCCCUACUUAUUAGGUGCUUAGGCAUAAUUGAGAUACUAUUUUUUUUUUUUUUUUGAGAUACUGUUCUUAAUCUUAAUAAAAUCUUGAUUACUUUCAAAAUAAUUUCAACCAGUGAAAAACAUGUGUCCACUUUCUGGUAAGGUAGUAUAUUGAAGUAAGCAUUAUUCUCUAGCAAAACACUUAAACUAUAAGAAAGGAAGGAUGAGAACACGUGUUUCAAUCAAGAACAUAAUGUGACAACUUCAGGUAAUCAGUGGAGGUACAUAUACCACAAAUAACUCUAGCAACUAGGAAAGACGAGGGGGGAUAUAUUUACAUAUGCCAUAACUAAAUGACCCUAACCAGAUGAAAAUACCAAUGAUUUAUAUUAGUAUAUGUAUAUA